AUGGCACCCGCCUCAAACUCGGCUCAACAUCAAGCAACCUUCCUCAGUGCAAAAUACUGUCGCCGCUCUCGACGAGCUGGUCCCGGCCAAGGCCCGCGUCUUCGUGGCCGGUUGCAGCUAGCACAGUCGACAUACGAGGCGUUGGUCUCUCUGGCCCAGACUAUCGAUGCCGAGGUCCUCCGUCGCGGCUUAAAGCAGAUGGCCGCCGUGGGUAUGUCUGACGCCCAAAAGGCCAUAUGGCUUUGGAACUGCCACGCGCAGACGAAGCGUGGACGACAGACGCCGGUCCAAGUCUUGCUGCAGCCUAAGCUGCGCAGCGUUCGCGCUGGUCUGGAAAAGCUUACGGAUGCUGAGCUCGAGGCGCGCAUUGGGACUGUUGUUAGCCAUGCGAGAACUAUGCAAGCUCGUUCUCAGACGAGCACGCUGCGGCGUAUAUAUGUGUGGUACGUUCUGCUUCUGGGGAAGACUGUCAAGUGGAAAAGAACCCUCAGCAGGGACGGGUGUCAUGUUGUUUGACAGCUGGUGGUCGGAAGGUGAGCCGCUUUGUUCGUCCUAAUCGAAGCGGUGAGGGUCAUGGCGAGUUUGCUGGCAGAUUUCCAAGUGCUGCAUGAGGCUAUACACUGGCCCGAUAGGGAAGCUGUAGCAAAGACUUUCAACGCGAUCGAGCAGGCUCGCUUGCCAACGGUGUUGCGGCGCUAUCCUGGCGUCCACGCCUAAAGUGCCGAUGCGCAUGCUUGAUCGAUGGCACUGAGGGAGUUUAGGACGGGGAAGUUGCAGCUUACCGGACUGUGCGUAGGCGUAGGUCGACCCGCAUGGACAGCGAGCCGCGCUGCUGGUUGAGCGUGGCAGUCCAUCGUGCCGUCCGACUAAAGACUUGCCGAGUCG